CACCCACAUCCUCUUUCUCACUUCCUCAUUGCGAUCUGUGACUCAAAAGAAAGUGGACCGUCGGUAGGUUCCCGGUCUGGCCGUGUCUCCGGCUCCGCAGGGAGUAAAUGUUGAAGAAGACUUUCUCUGAGAACAUUAGACAAUGCAGUGAAUUGAGAUCACAUCCUGAGGCCAGAAAAGCAGUUAUUACUGAGAUGUACUGGGACGUGGGUCAUGAGGACAAUCCAGAAGACAACAUGGCACCAGGAACAGACACAGUUCCUGAGAUUAUGGGAAGCAAACAGUCAGGGUUGGGUGGCUUACCCAUUGAACAGAGUCCAUCCCUCAAAAACGUUCAGGCAGCGUACAGUGCAGGGGAGGUGGAAAGAGCUCAACAGCUUGCCAGACUACAUUUGGAGGCAAACAGCCAAGUGGAGGAGUUGUUAGGUGUCAUAGCUGCACACGGAGACACAGAGAUGCUGCAGUAUCUGCUUCAGGAGACUGGAAUGGAACUGUCAAAAGAACUGAAUGAUGGAAACCCUGCUAUUAUUGCUGCACAUCAAGGCCAUGAAGAGGUGAUCAAAGUAUUGCUGAAUUCUACUUCAGAUUUGUGUGUUGACAAGGAUCUACUGAACUGGAUGCUUGCUGUGGCCUGUGAAAAAGGACAUCUGGAUGUUGUGAGGCUUUUGGUGCUUGUGUACAAGGCAGAGACUGACAGUUGUGGAGUGAAAACACAGGAUCACCCAAUCAUCACAGGUCAGCCGUUGUAUGCAGCAAUGAAGGCAGGCAAUGAGGAGAUUGCGGGGUUUCUUCUAGAUAAUGGAGCCUGUUUCUCAUCCUAUGUUUUACUGGAUCACCCAGAACUCAGCAACCAGUUGCUGAGAAAACAGUUUACAGAACCAAGUAGCCAGUAUGAAGUUUCGGACAGACAAACAGGCCUGUCACUGAAGUGGUCGUGCCUGAAGCUGCCCUGGUUAGAGUUGGACUGGUUCAUUGAUGUUUCCAAUCGAAUAACAGAGCUUGAUUUGUGUAGGAACAGUCUCACUUUCCUUCCUUCAGUUAUUCCUUGGGGAUUAGUGCAUCUGAAAAAACUCAACUUGUCUGCAAAUCAGCUGAUGGACCUACCUAAUGUGACCUCUUCAGAAGAAAUACUUUGCUUAGGUAUUCUGGAAAUUGAUGUAUCAAGGAACCAACUGAGCUGCCUGCCCACCGGCUUCUUACAUCUACCAAAGCUUGAGAAACUCACAGCAUACGCCAAUUUGCUGGAAGUGUUAUUUGAUGAGGAAAAAGCAACAAAUUGGAUUGGAUUGAGAAAACUCCAGGAGAUUGAUGUUUCUGACAAUAAACUUCAGCUUUUGCCCUCUACAUUCCUGCACUGCUGCAAGUCCCUCAGUAGGUUGAAAGCAUCUCAAAAUACACUCAAGGAUUUUCCUGAACCUUGGGCCUGUCCUUUGAAAUUUUGUAACGUUUCUGGAAAUUUCUUGAAAUCCCUUCCAAACAAUCUGAGUAUCUUCUGGAAGAAUUAUCUUAAAGAAGCAAAUUUUUCUGACAAUUUAUUGAAGGAAGUGCCAGCAAACAUCUUUGAACUUAAGAACCUGAGCUGUCUGAACUUAUCUGGAAAUCAGAUACAGUCUCUUCCUCCAGUGGAUAAAUGGCAGUGCUCUAACCUGAAAUCACUUGAUCUCUCUCGAAAUCAUCUUGGAAAGAGUGAAGAAGGAGUCAGAACUAGGAAAGCUUUUUUUACAACAUGGUUAAAGAAAACUUCGGACACAGUUUCACCAGUUGAAUUCCCACAGUUCCUUGGUGAGUGCUUAGAGGUUCUGCACCUGGACAACAACUUUCUUGAUUCAGUCCCUCAGUCAGUGUCCUGGCUGCGAUCCCUCUCUGAGCUGUACCUUUCAAACAACCCUGGAAUUCGGGAGCUCCCUGCUGAGUUAGGCCAGCUGGCUAAUCUGUGGCAGUUGGAUAUCGAUCAAUUAAGUAUCUCUAAUGUGCCCACAGAGAUCAGAAAUGAAGGCCCCAAUUCAAUACUGACCUAUCUGAGAGCACAGCUGCGGAAAGCUGAGCCUUGCAAACUAAUGAAGAUGAUCAUUGUUGGACCUCCGCGCCAAGGAAAAUCCACUCUGUUAGAGACACUGCAGUCUGGAAAGCCCACUCAAAGCAUGUCCAAAGAAAGUAGCAUCCAAACUACGAACUGGGAACUUCUACGACCUGCCAAUGUCAAGACCAAGGUGGAUUCAGUUGUGUUUAAUGUGUGGGAUGUUGGAGGUGAUGCCAUAAUGUCAACAGUCAAUCAGUGCUUCUUCACUGAUAAAGCCCUCUAUGUGGUGGUGUGGAAUCUGGCUCUUGGAGAGGAGGCAGUGGCAAACCUGCAGUCGUGGCUACUGAACAUUGAGGCAAAAGCUCCCAAUGCUACUGUGAUUGUGGUGGGAACACAUUUGGAUUUGAUUGACACAAAAUUCCGAUCAGAAAGAAUUGCCACACUUCGGGCUUAUGUCCUAGCUCUCUGUCGUUCUCCAUCUGGGCCUCGAGCAACUGGGUAUCCAGACAUCAGCUGCCGAAAUUUACAUGAGAUAUCCUGCAAAACACUUGAUGGAUUGGAAGGGCUUCGCAAAUUGAUCUUUCAAGUAGCUUGUAGCAUGAAGGACACAGGGAAUCUAACUGCAUCACAGAAGUUGGUUGGGAGAUUGAUACCAAAGAGCUACUUUAAUCUGUUGAAUGCUGUCCUAAAAGAACAACAAAGAAGAAGCAGUAGUACCGAGGUCCAAUACUUAACUGACCUGCAACUGGAGGAGAUUGUGGAGCAGACUCCUGACAAUGACAUCAAGGACUUUGAAGAUUUGCAGACCGCUUUCUCCUUCCUUAUUGAGACAGGAGCAUUGCUGCAUUUUCCAGACACCAGCCAUGGUCUACGAAACCUCUACUUCCUAGAUCCAGUGUGGUUAUCUGAAUGCUUGGCAAGAAUUAUCAAUGUCAAAGCUUCACGUGUGCUUGCCAAAAAUGGAAUAAUACAAGUUACGGAGCUGAGAACAUUGUUGGUUGGAACUGGCUUCACAGAACAGACCGAGGAGCAAUACUUACAAUUUCUUGCCAAGUUUGAGAUUGCUCUUCCAAUUACCAACAACAGUUAUCUGCUUCCACAUCUGUUGCCAUCAAAGCCAGGAUUCGAAUUCAGUAACUUGCGGAGCAAGAGCACCAACACCAUCCAGAGACUUUUCAAAAUGAACUUUGUGCCCGUUGGCUUUUGGCAACGAUUUAUUACCCGCAUCUUGAUUAGCUUGGCAGAGAUGGAUGCCCAGCUCUUUGAGAAUGAAAAGAAUCCAAGACGAGGCAGAGCAAAUCGGGCAUCAGUUUACAGCUUCACAAGGUCACAGCGUCGCAAUCGUUGUAGUACUUUCCGUGUAAGAAGAAACCAAACUAUUUACUGGCAAGAAGGUUUACAGGUGAACUACGACGGUGGGUUUCUGAGUGUGGAAUCCUCUGAGGUGAACUGGAAGAGGAAAAAGAGUGCGGGAGUAAAAAUCUAUUGCCAGUCUGAAACACGAGAUUUCUCGGCAGUCGCGUUCAUCACUGAUCACGUCAAUUCCCUGAUUGAUCAGUGGUUUCCAGCUCUUACAGCCACAGAUGCGGAUGGAACGCCCUUGGUCGAACAAUACGUUCCGUGUCCUCACUGCACCCCCACAGUAACAGGGGAAGCUGAAAUCCACGUCCAGGUUCAUGGCCAGUAUUACUUCAGUAUGGAGGACUGCCUGCUCACUGCCAUCAAACACACUCACAUCAAGUGCCCAAACCACCCAACGGAGCCUGUCUCACUGGAGGAGCUAGUUCCAGAGCUUUUUAUGACUGAUUUCCCAGCCCGGUUAUUUCUAGAAAUGAAUUGUCUAGAACAGAACGAAACUACAGACAACAUCCUCGGACAAGGAGGAAGUGGGACAACAGUGUACAAAGCAACAUAUAACGCCACACCCAUAGCAGUCAAGAAAUUCCACUUCAAAAAAUGUGGACUGCCAUCUGAUGGUGUCAAUGAGGAUUCAAUGUUCAGGCAUCUGGAAGCCAUGGAAGCAUUACGGAAUUUCUCCGAAUUCCGUCAGGAGGCCAGCAUGCUUCAUUCCAUGCAACACCCAUGCAUUGUGUCACUAGUUGGCAUUAGUAUUCACCCACUUUGUUUCGCCUUGGAACUGGCUCCGUUGGGCAGUCUGAAUACAGUUCUGACUGAUUAUGCUAAAGGCGCUUCGUUUAUUCCCCUGGGACAUAUGUUAACUCACAGAAUAGCCUAUCAAAUUGCAGUCGGCUUGGCAUAUCUGCACAGAAAAAACAUCAUCUUCUGUGACCUGAAGUCUGAUAAUGUCUUAGUUUGGACUCUGGAUUUGACAGAAACAGUAAAUGUGAAGCUAUCUGAUUAUGGAAUAUCUCGUCAGUCAUUCCACGAAGGAGCCCUUGGUGUUGAAGGUACUCCUGGAUAUCAGGCACCAGAAGUCAUGCCUGGAAUUGUUUAUGACGAAAAGGUUGACAUGUUUUCAUACGGAAUGGUUUUGUACGAAUUACUGUCCGGACGACGACCAGUCCUUGGACAACACCAGCUGCAGAUUGCUAAAAAGCUGGCAAAAGGAGUUCGGCCUUCCCUGGGCGCUCUGGAACAAGUGCAGUUCCAUAGAAUGCACAAUCUGAUGAUGGAGUGCUGGGAUACAAAACCCGAAAAGAGACCAGGAGCAGGCACUGCCAUCAGACUGAUGCAGGAUCCCAGUUUUCCAGCCUUCAUGUACAUGCUGUGGUGUGGUGAGCAAAGCUCAUUCUGUCCUUCUCAAGAACUCGAGCGAACUGUUAUUUUCUGGAAUGAAGAAGGAAAUAACAGGAAUUAUAGUGUGGUAAAUAUAGACAAAGGACUGAUUGAAGUGGAUCACAUCAGCUGCCCUGGAAUUCGGCUGAGCUGUCAGCUAAAGCUACAGAGUGCAUUAUGGACAGCAACCGUGGAUCAGAAAAUUCAGGUUUACAGCCUUAAAGGAAUGUGUCCCUUAAAUGUGCCUCUCCGAGUACUGGAUGUUCCUGCCAUUGUGACAUGUUUCUUACCAGUAUCACGUGGAAACCAGAAAUCUCCGGUAAUGCUUGCUGGCAUGGCUGAUGGAAUGGUCGCAGUUUACUGUCUGGCCAGUGAAAUUCCUGAGGGUUGGUGUUCCUAUCUGUGCUCACGCUCAGCAAAUAAGUUUCAGUUUAAAAUCUCCGACAACGACCUUCGACAGAAUGCAUAUCCAGUUACUGAUAUGAUAGCAGUGAACAAUGGAUCAGAAGUGUGGUACAGCAAUGGUCCUGGGAUCCUGAUCGUAGACACACUUGCUACAGAAAUAACUCGGAGAUUAGAACCUUAUCAAGCUCCCUCGCAGGUCAUAUCAAUGACUUGCAACGUGGGAUGUAAUGGGGAAGAGGCCAUUUGGUGUCUGGAUGAUAAAACAAGUACUUUAAUUAUGUACCGUUCAUAUCAGGUCUGUGCCCAUUAUACGUGCAGUGACUGUAAUCCAUUGAGAGACAUGUUCCCCAUCCAGCAGCCUGCUAGUUUUGCAACAACCACAGCCAUUACACCCACAGAUAUGACUGAUUCCAACUCCAUGGACGUCAGCAUCAUUUUCAAUGAUGAGGUUGGAACCCAAGUUAUAAGACAUUCUGACUCCAUGACCGAUUACUGUUCUCUGUCAUCCAAAUCUUACUCCUCUACCAUCGGGAACACCAGGACAUCAUUCAGUGCCCUGAGUUCCCCAGCCAGUCCCAUAAGUAUUCCUCAUUCUAGUGACUGUGAGUCAAGUUUAUCACGUGAUAGGUCUGGAAGCAUCUCCCCAUCAGUGAAUGAUAUUGAACAGCUGCAAGCUAUAAAAAUCCUAACCGUUAAGGACACCCUGUGGAUACCAAGACGAGGUGGUGAUAUUAUUGUUAUUGAGCUGGAAAACCAGUCCACCUGCCAGCAAGGCAGGGUCAUGGCAGUACUAAAGCCAGAAUCUGCACCUGAAGACAGAAAACUUGUGGACGCUGCUGUUGUGGCGAAGGACACAGUGGUCUGCUGCUUUCAGAAUGACACCAGAGAUUGGAACCUGCAUGUGUGGAGAGCCUGGGGAUCCAGAGAAUUCAAGCUAUUCUAUCAGUCAUACGAAGAGUUGGCAAGAAUGGAAGUCAGCAUGCGCAGACGGAAGUAGCCCUGCUGGACAUAAUUCAGGAUCUCUGGAUGCAUAACCCUCACUGAAGAGGCAAGUUGCAGAACUGAUCAUAGUUCUGUUAACAGGAAAAUGAUUGAGCCUGCAAAGCUGACUGCUUUCCUUGUGAACUUAACCAAUGCAAAUUUGAUGCACAGUACAGGAAAAAAAGAGGAAAAAUUCUCAUAUGAGAUUUUAGAAAAGGAUAGAUGUCACUUCACAUUCUGUCCCACAGAUUGGGAUUUCAUCCAAGUGUCACGUUUGGAUUCCAAGCUCAGUACCCUGCUGAUUACUCUCAUUGACAAUCAAAUAUUCCUGUCUCCUUGGAACUGUAAAUCUAGAUGUCUAUAAAGAGUUUAAAUGGGAAGAAUAUAUUUAUUGUGCAUUAAAUGCAAAAAUUACAACGUGCAUAAUGGAAGUUCUGGUCCUUUGAAAGAAUCAACUGGAGCUUUCAGAAACCUUGUGGGGUACUGAUACAAUAUAGGAUUUAUUCACAUAUUUAUAAGAACAUAAGAACUAGGAGCAGGAAUAGGCCAUCUGGCCCCUCGAUUUAAUAAGAUCAUGGUGGAUCUUUUUGAGACUCAGCUCCACUUACCCGCCCACUAACAUAACCCUUAAUUCCUUUGCUGUUCAAAAAUUUAUCCAGCCUUGCCUUAAAAACAUUCAGCAAGGUAGCUUCAACCGCUUCACUGGGCAGGGAAUUCCACAGAUUCACAACCCUUCGGGUGAAGAAGUUCCUCCUGACCUCAGUCCUACAUCUGCUUCCCUUUAUUUUGAGGCAAUGCCCUCUAGUUCUGGUUUCACCUGCUAUUGCAAACAACCUCCCUGCCUCCACCUUAUCUAUUCCCUUAUCUAUUAUGUUAAAGAAAUUGUUUUAUCUUUUACUGUAGGCAAAUUGUCUCAGUUUAAACAAAGAAACACCAUGGUACAGGGCUGAACCAGGGUCAAAUUUGACGACUAGUGUACUAUAGAUAUUGAGCAUGAAAUUGGAUUGGAAAAUUCAGUCAUGCAAAAGACAAAGAAAAAUCUGGGCCACAAAGAGCUAGCUUGGAUCUUUGGUUUCCACACAGUUAACAGUCUCAGCUAGAGUUGGAGAUAGGGAAAUAACUAUUGAAUCUAUUGAAGCCAACCUAAAGACAGUGUUACUGGUUAAAUCUGGUUGGAGAUUGUUUAUCAGUGUUUCUCUUCAAUUGUUAUAUCACUGGACUAACAAUCCAGAGCCCUAGAAAAAUGUUUUGGGAGAAUGGGUUCAAAUCCCACCAUGGCAGAUGAUGAAGUUUGAAUUCAAUCAUAUCUGGAAUGAAGAGCACGUCUAAUGGUAGCCAAGAUGGUGGAGAUGUCGGUGUUGGACUGGGGUGGACAGGAUCAGAAAUCACACGACAUCAAGUUACAAGUUUUUUUGAAAUAACAAGCUUUCGGAGUGCUGCUGCUUCAUCAUGUGAAAUACUUCAUCUGACAAAGGAGCAGUGCUCUGACAGUUUGUGAUUUCAAAUUAACCUGUUGGAGUAUAACCUGGUGUUGUAUGGUUUCUGACCAGACCUAAUGGUGACCAUGUAAACUCUGACAAUUAUUACAAAAACCCAUCUUUUACAGUAAUGUCCUUUAGGGAGAGAAACCUACCACCCUCACCCUCAUCUUGUGUAGCCUACAUGUGGCUCCAGACUCUCAGUAAUGUGGUUUACUCUGGGCAAUUAAGGAUGCCUAGCCAGCAAAGCGCACAUCCAAUAAAUGCGUAAAUAAAAGCAACAGAACAAGAUUUCAUGUUUUAAAACAAAACAACAAACUUCAUUGCAUUUAAAAGGAUUAAACAAAACAAGCAGCUUUAACACAAUAAGUUGAAUCUAUGAUUAUUGUGCAUUCAAUUUUACUUUAAAUUGCUCCUUUUCAUUAUAAAGCCCAUCAAACUGUUAUUUACCUCUGUAAGCUCGCCAAAUAUAUGCCACUAUCCUCUGGAAUUUAUUUUAAUUUUCUUCAUUUCCACCUGUUUUCAGAGGUUCUUUGCUUAAUACCUCUUGACUAUGGAAAACGCCAUCCCCUAUUCUAGUUGCAUUCUCAAUACUCCUGAGCUAAUUCUGCUGAUUUCCUUCUUUACAACAGUGUUCUGUUAGGAUGAUUUUACUAGUUUGAACCUAGGCAACGUUACAGCUUUCCUUCUCUCUGAGUUCAAAUCUUGAGUAAGCCAUUCCACACAGUGUUUGCCGAAGUUUCCUUUUCCUCUGCUUACACUGCAGACCUAACUGUCUUUUACGUUGGCAGUCUUCUUUCAAUAAGCUACUGAAGGGUCAGUGGGUCAACUCUGAGAGUGCUACACUAUCAGAGGGUCAGUAUAGGGGAACAUUGAACCUCUAAGCAUCAGUACUGAGGGACCACUGUACCAUGAAAGGGGUGGUAUGGAGGCAGUAUUGUACUAUUGUGGAAGAUCAAUGUGAGGAAAGAACAGAGGGAAAAGUGCAUAGUUGAAGAAGUGCUGCAUUGUCAGAGAGCUAAUACUGAAGGAACGCUGCAAUGUUGGAGGGGCAGUACUGGGGGAGUGUUGCACUAUCAAAACCAUAGUUCUGAAAUUGCUGUAUCAUCUCUAGGAUGAGCAGUACUAAGGGCCUUUGCACUUUUGGAGAGGAGGUAUUAAGAGAGCGCUGCAUAGUCAGAGAGGAAGCAUUGGAAUACUGCUGUGUCACAAAUAGUAUCUUUCAAAUGAGAAAUUAAAGUUAGUCCCCAGUGAGGAAGAAUGACUCUGAAAUGGAUAAACUAUCACAGUUAACCAAGGAAGUUAAUCAAAUGGAAAGAAAAAGACAUACAAUGUGGUAAAGUGUAAUGAUAAACCAGAGGAUUGGGAAAGUUUUUAAAGCCAACAAACGAUGUCCAAGAAAAAUAAAGGGAGAGAAGAUAAACAAUUAGGGUAAACCAGCAAGUAAUUUAAGAACUGAGAGUAAGAGUUUCUGUAAAAAUAUAAAAAUUAAUGAAGAGGUCAUAGGCUUCUCAGAGAAUGAGCCUUGGGAAAUAAUCAUGGAGAAGCACGAAAUGGCAGAAAAGCCGAAUACAUACUUUACAUCAACCUUCAUAGCAGAGGCCAUUAAUAGGACGCCCAAAAUACUAAACAAGUAGUCAAAAGAUGGGGAGAGAAAAAUGCAAUACUUAUCACAAGAGAUAUGUGCAAGACUAAUGGAGCUAAAGACAAAUACCUGAGGUAUUGCAUUCCACAUUACUCAAUGAACUAGCUACAGCGUUAGAUGUACCGGUAGUAAUCUUCUGCAAAUCCCAGAGGACUGAAAAUCUGCCAAAGUAGUGAGAUAAAAUGAAGUGACAAUGGGCCAGUUAGCCUAACAUCUGUUUCAGAAAGGUGCUAGUCUAGUAUAAAGGCUGUUAUAGAAAGCAUUUAGAAAUAUAUACGUUGGUCAAGCAGUCAUUAUGGCUUCUUGAAAGGGAAAUCAUGCCUGACAAAUUUACUACAGCUUUUUGAGGUAACAAGCAGGAUAGAUAAAGGUGAACCAGUAGAUGGAAUAAAUUAAGAUUUCCAAAAGGCAUUUGAUAAGGCAACUUAAUAAGAUAGGAGCCCAUGGUAUUGGAGUAUUACAUUAAGUAGCAUGGUUAGAGGAUUGUGUAACUAGUGGAAAAAACAGAGUUGGAGUAAAAUAACCAUUUUUCAGGAUGGCAACCCAUAACUAAUAGGCACAUAAUUUCAAUGGUUACCACUGCUGUCUCAGUACCAGGGACCUGGAUUCUAUUCCAGCCUUGGGUGACUGUCUGUGUGGAGUUAGCAUAUUUUUCUUGCGUCUGUGGGUUUUCUCCAGAUGUUCCAGUUUCCUCCCAUAGUCCAAGGAUGUGCAGAUUAGGUGGAUUAGUCAUGCUAAAUUGCCCAUAGUGUCAAGGGAUGGUGUGCAGGCUAGGUGGAUGAUCCAUGGAAAUGCAAGGUUAAAGGAAUAGGGUAAGGUGGUGGGACUGGGUGAGAUGCUGUUUGGAGCGUCGCUGUGGACUCAGUGGGUCGAAUGGCCUACUUCCAUUUUCUAAGGAUUUUAUGAUUCCAGUAGAGUGCUACAGAGAUCAAUGCUGAGGACACAGUUAUUAACAAAUCAUGACAACUGAAUGCACUAUCACCGAAAAUUAGGUGGCAAGGCAAGGAAGUGAGGAUGACAAAAGAGUCUUCACAGGAAUAUAGGAUAAGUGAAUGGCAAAAUAUAGCACGGGAAAACAUAAUGUUGUACAGUAGAAAUAGGGACGCUGAAUAUUGUAAAUAAGGAAAUUUUGCAGAAAGCUAUAGCAUAGACAGAUUUUGGGGUCCUUGUACAAGGUUCACAAAAAUCUUAAAUCCAAGUCCAUUGGAUAAUAGGGAAGAUAAAUGAAAUGUUGGCCUAUAUUUCAAACGGAAUGGAAUACAAAAAUAGAGAGACCUUGCUACAAAACACAAGUCGGACAACACCUGAAAUGCUGUAAAUAACUUUGGACCGCUCAUCUAUGGAAAGAUAUAUUGUCAUUGGCAACAACUCAGAGAAAGGUCAGUAAGUUGAUUUUCUGUAUAGAGGGGCAGUCUUAUGCUGAAGGGUUGAGGAGGUUCAGCCUGUACUAAUUGGAGUUUAGAUGUAUGAGAAGUAACGUUUUCAAAACGUGAAAGAUUCCUAAGGGACUUGAGGUGGAUGCAGAAAAGAUGUUUCUCUUUGUGGGAGGGUCUGGAGCAAGAGGUCAUAAUACCUUUAAAGGGUUGUCCACUUCAAACAGGUGAUUUGUUUUUCCCUCUAGGGAUUGUAAGUCUGUCAAAUCUUCUACCACUGAAAGUGAUCAAGGGUAAAAUAGUAUUUUAAUUAGUAAGAUGUGUUGAGGGUUGUGGGAGCAAAGCAGGAAACUCCAACCACCUUCACAAGUAUCACCAAUCCAUCAAUCUAAAUCAUGAAAACAUGAUUGGAUCUGGAUGUGAGUUUGCUCGCUGAGCUGGAAAGUUAGUUUUCAGACAUUUCAUCACCAUUCUAGGUAACAUCAUCAGUGAGCCUCCAACGAAGCACUGUUGUUAUGUCCCGCUUUCUAUUUAUCUCGUUAGGUUUCCUUGGGAUCUUCAUUCCAUUGCUAUCUGUGGGAGAUUUCUGAGCUCUCUUUCCUAUAUUACAAUACUUGUGUACACUUCCAAAAAGGUACUUAACUGGCAGUAAAGAAUUUUUCGAGGUCCUGAGGUCCAGAAAGCCACUGUAAAAGUAUAACUUUAGGUCUUUUCCUAUUGAGCUGUUCCUUAGUUGUAUAAUUCAUAUUUCCUGUUUAAUUUCCAAAUCUGUAGCGUUCUGGCUUUUUCUAUAAUCACUAUUCAUGCAAUCGACAUUGUGUAGAGAGCGUGUGUGUGGAACGGGAUUAUGCAGUGAGGACAGAGAGGGACAUUGCUGGUCAUUUCAGCAAUAUGUUUCCUCUUCUAAAUUCUGUCAAGCUGUAUAUUAUUCAGCUUUGAAAAAACACAUUCCUUCAAACUUAGAUAUUUAAAUAUGGACAUAACUGAUACCAGGUGUAGUUGAAUUUGAUCAGAUAUUUCCUGAAUGUAAAUAAGGCUUCCAUAAUAUUUGUGGUUUUCUGCAGUGAACUGAAUGAUUUAUAGAUAGAGGCAGGAGCAUCCCAAGAGAUGUAAUCUGUUCCCUCAGUUUUAGUAUAAUAGUUUUAUUUCUCAUUCAUGAUUCACAUGCAGGACCUGAAAGCUUCUUAAAAUGAGCAUUAUUCAGUGGCCAAAAAUAAGCUUGUGUCCAACAGAAAAUGUAAAGUGUAACUGCUGCGUUUUGAACACAUGCUGUUUAAAAUUUGCAAGGGCAGAGAAUGAUCUUAUAGUAAUGUCACUGCAUCAUAUUUGCAUGGAACCAAAGUACUGGAGCUAAUCUAAACUUUGUGAUACUAUGAUCACUGUUUCCUAAAUGUUUCCCUAUUGACACUUGACCCACCUCAUUCCCCACAACCAGUAAUGCCUCUUUCAUCCAAAGCUUGUUGUGAUUAUGGUCACUUUAAAAGACCAUUGCUGACUUCUUAACUUAAACAAAGUGGUGUUUUCAGUGACAUCUACUGCUUCAAAGACUACAGUUAACCAGGAAUUCAUUUAAAAAAAAAAUAUUACAGAAUGCAGUGCUGUCAUGUUGUUAAACUGUCACUUUGAAAUUAUUUAUAGAACCUGCUUCAAUCAUUUUUUUCAGGUAAAGAUUUCAAGUUCCUGAUAAUGAAGUGAAGCAGUUCGCCUCCUGCUAGAUCUUAGUCUAAUGAUAUUAAAUCUAUGACCUGUGCUUAUUCUGAUAAUCACUAGAGCAAAUUAUUUUUCUUAAUCAAAACCCCUCAUCAUCUUAAUUUCUAUUAGAUCAUCUCCAAAUCAUUUCUGUUCCGGGGAAACAGUCCUUAUUUCCCAACUCCACAUUCUGAAGCAUGGUGUCCUGCACUAUCUGCAAUAUUGUACCUAGGCCAAGCCAGUGAUUACAUUUUUGAAGUAUGAUCUAUUUCCUUCAAUGUUUCACUUAACUAUUUAUUACACUAAAUAUACAAUGUUUUAUAAACACUUUGUAACAGAUUGUCUUGCAUCUUAUAUGAAAAUAAGAAUAUUAGAAUGCAACAAAUAGCCCUUUGAGUCCGCUCUGCUUCUCAAGAAGAUCAUAGUUGAUUUGACUUUGGUCCAAACUCUACUUGCCUGUCUAUUGUUAUUACACCUUGCUCCCCCUAAGUUCAAAGAUAGUUAAUUAACUGGUAGGCAUCUCAAAUGAAUGCAUUUCAAGCAAACGUGGAGUUAAAUAUAGGGUAGCUUUUAACUAUAGUUAUCUCACCAGGUUAGAAGUAGAAGUGUAAAAUGUGAACAAUGAAUGGGCAUUUCUGGACUUGUUAUGGAGCUGGAACUCCAAAUCUUUCAUUGAAGUAAGUGUAAAUUCUUUAUGUAUUCCUCAGUGGAAAGAAAAUGGAAAGGUGGUAGGAAACAUAAGAAUUCCUUGUUAGAGAAUUCUUUGUAGUCUAAAUCUAAUGAAAGGACCGUCAUAGAAUCUUACCUCAGAAUAACAGGAAUACUAAGCAAGAACUAAAGUAAAUUCUGGAGGGCUGUGACAUAGUAGGUGCAAAGUGAAUAAAUCUGCAAGACUACGUAAGGUAAAGGUAAUCUUGGAAACUACUAAAAAGUAGAACUGAGUUCUCAGCAUAAAUAGUUACAUUGAUAACG